UGGCAUCCCUGCCAGGUGCCUCUGGCUCGCCUUUGGCGCCAGCAGCUCGCGUCCUGAGGCCCCCUGGGUGCCAAGCUAAAGCGAUCCUGAGUCUCCCCAGCGACUGGUUUGGCCUCUUCCCUAAGAGAUAGAGAAGGCACUUGGGGUGCAAGCGCCAGCGGUCCGACGUGCCCGGAGCCGCGAGCCCAUGGAGGGGCUGGGCCGCUCGUGCCUGUGGCUGCGUCGGGAGCUGUCGCCCCCGCGGCCGCGGCUGCUGCUCCUCGACUGCCGGAGCCGCGAGCUGUACGAGUCGGCGCGCAUCGGCGGGGCGCUGAGCGUGGCCCUGCCCGCGCUGCUGCUGCGCCGCCUGCGGCGGGGGAGCCUGUCGGUCCGCGCGCUGCUGCCCGGGCCGCCGCUGCAGCCGCCCCCGCCCGCCCCGGUGCUCCUGUACGACCAGGGCGGCGGCCGGCCCCGGCGCGGGGAGGCCGAGGCCGAGGAGUGGGAGGCCGACUCGGUGCUGGGCACCCUGCUCCAGAAGCUGCGGGAGGAAGGCUACCUGGCGUACUACCUGCAGGGUGGCUUCAGCAGAUUCCAGGCCGAAUGCCCCCACCUGUGUGAGACCAGCCUCAGCGGCCGCGGCAGCUCAAGCACAGCCCCGGUGCCCAGCCCGGUGGUGGGGCUGGGCGGCCUGUGCCUGGGCUCCGACUGCUCUGACGCCGAAUCCGAGCCUGACCGUGACUCGCUGAGCUGUGGCCUGGAUUCCGAGGGUGCCACUCCGCCCCCCGCGGGGCUGCUGCCAUCCUUCCCCGUCCAGAUCCUGCCCAACCUCUACCUGGGCAGCGCCCGGGAUUCAGCCAACGUGGAGAGCUUGGCUAAGCUGGGCAUCCGCUACAUCCUCAACGUGACCCCCAACCUGCCCAACCUCUUCGAGAAGAACGGCGACUUCCACUACAAGCAGAUCCCCAUCUCAGACCACUGGAGCCAGAACUUGUCCCAGUUCUUUCCUGAGGCCAUCGCCUUCAUUGACGAGGCCUUAUCCCAGAACUGCGGGGUGCUCGUGCACUGCCUGGCAGGUGUCAGCCGCUCUGUCACCGUCACCGUGGCCUACCUCAUGCAGAAGCGCCACCUGUCACUCAACGAUGCCUACGACCUGGUCAAGCGGAAGAAGUCUAACAUCUCCCCCAACUUCAACUUCAUGGGGCAGCUCCUGGACUUCGAGCGCAGUCUGCGGCUGGAGGAGAGGCGCGCCCGGGAGCGCAGCAGCGGGGGGCAGGAGUCCGCUGCCUCCGACCCGCCCUCCUUCUUCACCACCCCCACCAGCGACGGUGUCUUCGAGCUGGACCCCACAUAGGGCCCCGUCCCACCCCCGCAUGG